GUGGGAGUUGUAGGCGGCGCGGCGCGGGCCUGGCAGAGGUGGCAGGCGCUGUAAAUCCUGGAUCCUCCUCUCCCAUGGCUGGGUGCCGAGGAGCUGCCUGAUGACCUCAGGACAUGCUGAUGCUGUUUUGCCAGGAGAGACAUGGGCAAAAGGUACUUCUGUGACUACUGUGACAGGUCCUUCCAGGACAACCUGCACAACAGGAAGAAACACCUCAAUGGAGUGCAGCAUCUCCGGGCUAAGAGAGUCUGGUACGACUUAUUCCGAGAUGCUGCUGCAAUCCUGCAGGAAGAGCAAACCAAGAAACCUUGUCGGAAGUUUCUGCAAACAGGACAGUGUGAUUUUGGGUCCAACUGCAGAUUUUCCCACAUGACAGAGCAGGACCUGGAGAAGCUGAGUGCCCAGGUUCAAGGAGAGAAGAGGCUGAAGGAGCUGCAGAGGGAGGGAGCAGAUAUCCCACCGGGCACUAUCGAGGACUGGCUGGACAAGAGAGCCCAGAGGCUGAGUGCAGCUCAGAGCAGCAGUGCUCUUCUUGAGAAACCAGCACCCUUCCAGUACCCUCUGGGCUGGCCACCAGUGCAGGAGCUGCCCCCAUCCCUGCAGGCCCCCCCGCCCGGGGAGUGGCCAGUGCCCCCCAACCUGCAGUGGGGCUGAGGCACCCCCAGAGCCUGGCUGGGGCUGCCUGCCUCUGCUCUGGGAGAGGGACAGGAUUAUUUAUACACACUUUUAUUUCAAUAAACCCUCCUCCUGCCUGUU